GUGGAGGCCCAACAAAACCUCAGUCUGCUGCUCCGGCAGGAGAUGCCAGCUGUACCACCAAAACCUGAAAGGGAUCGCAUGGUAGUUGCCCAGCAACUUGGGACCUUGUAUGUCAAAUACCUGCAGAUCUUCCGCAACCUUGAGUUAGCUUAUGAUCAGAUAACACAUCCACAGAAGAGACGGUUGGUGAGCCUGGUCCUGGAUGGUGUCAUGGGACGUGUUCUAGAGCUAAAAGAAGAGCUGGUGGAGUUAGAGAUCUCUGAAUUUCAGUAUUUUGAUGAUAUUCUGCAAGACUUGAAGAUGGGACCUGAAAGUUUGGAGGUUCCAAUCCCAAAAUAUUUCAUCAAGGAAAAAAUGAAGGUACUGAAGGAUCGGGAAAUAAUUUUGUCACAAAUCUUGGAGCGCACUGGAGCUAAGGAUAUAGAAACGGUGAGCAUCUGGAGACCUAUAAAACCAAUGUCUCUUGAUGAAGCAGUCCGCGUGAUUCAAGUGUCAGAGAGGGCCCGACAGGGGCGUUUGCGAGCCAAGUUUAUGAAGGAGAUCCAUCUAGAAGAGAAGAGAGAGAGAAUGGCCAAACAUCAAGGAGAAAAUACAAUGGAUCCUGAGAUAGCAGCAACAUGUAUCCAGAAGGUCUGGCAAGGCUACAUUCAGAGGAAGAAAACCAAGCAGCAAAGAGAAGAGGAAAUGAUCUUCCUGGGCAUGGUGCCACCUGCACAUUUCACCACUGUGAGCAUGGCGCAGAUGAUUGCCAGUAAGACAGAAACCCUUCGCUCUGAACUGCAGGAGCAGCAUGAAGCCGACUACCAACAUGCCCUGGUGCAAGUAAAGAACACUAUAAGAGAGACAGAAGGAUUAGACAUGAAGGAAACACUUCAAGACCAGAUCCGACAAUGGUUUAUUGAAUGCAGACAUGCUACAGGAAAAUUCCCUGACUUCCCUGAUGAAGAAGAUGGUGGAUCCAAGACUAUCUUUGCUCAGAAGACACCAGAAGAGGUUGCUGCUGAGCUUGCAGCUAAAGAGGAGGCCAAAAAUAAAAAGAAAAAGGAAAAGGGGAAGAAAGAAAAAGGGAAGAAGAAGGGAAAGAAGGAAAAAGAUAAAGCUAAAGGGAAGAAGGGGAAAGGCAAAGAAGAGGAGCCGGAUCCAGGCUGGAAAAUGAACCCAAGCCAGUUCUUGCCAGACAUAAGCACCGCACACCACACAUAUGAAGGUGUUUGGCAAAAUCGGGAUGAGUCCUGGAAUCUUCACCAGACACAUGACUCUGAGCUUAUAAAAGAAGACAAGAGGAAUGAAGUGGAAGAAGAGAUUAGGAUACAGGUUGAUGAGUUGAUGAGACAAGAAUUGCAGAACCUGAAACUGUCUGUGGACAGAGACAAGAGCAAGAAGAAAAAAGGAAAGAAAAAGAAGAAAGGGAAGAAAAGUGGUAAAAGAAAGAAAAAGAAGGAAAAAGAUCUAACUCCCGACAGGACCAUUGAUUCCCUAUAUGAGGAGUUGGUUACAGAAGGUCUUCUCAUAAAAUCAAAGCCUGUCAAGAUGUCAGACUUUAUAGCUGAAUACAGUUAUUUGGGCACCACCCUACGCCAGGCUGACAUAGAGCCGAUGCCGUCCCUUAGUGAUGUCAAGCAGCUUCUAGUCUUGUACGGAGUCCUGCCUUUAGGUUGUGAAUCAGUGCAUCAGAAGGCACCAUCGGUGAAAGCCAUUCUUCUUACAGGACCAGCGGGUGUUGGAAAAAAGAUGCUGGUGAAUGCUAUCUGCAAUGAGACUGGAGCAAACUUGUUUAAUUUAUCUCCAGCCAAUAUAGCUGGGAAAUACCCAGGCAAGAGUGGACUGCAGAUGAUGCUGCAUAUGGUGCUGAAGGUGGCCCGUCAGCUUCAGCCAUCAGUCAUAUGGAUUGAUGAUGCAGAGAAGACUUUUUACAAGAAAGUACCAAAAACAGAAAAGCAGUUAGAUCCCAAGCGAUUAAAAAAGAGCUUUCCUAAAUUUCUGAAAUCUAUAAAAGCAGAAGAUCGGAUUGUAGUUGUGGGUACCACUCAGCGGCCAUUUGAUGCUGAAGUGAAACCCUUCUGUAAAAUAUAUAAGAAGAUUAUAUUGGUGCCUAGGCCUGAUUAUGCAGCACGUCUAGUGUUGUGGAAGCAGCUGAUCUCUCUACGAUUAGACAGUGCCCUGUCUCUAAACUUCAGUGCCCUAGCUAAGAUCACGGAUGGAUUUACCCCUGGUCAUAUGAUGCAAGCAGUGGAUACAGUGCUUAAUGAAAGAAGGAUCAGGCAUCUUUCUAGCAAACCCUUGGCAGCUUCAGAGUUUCUGGGUUCCUUGUCCAGACAGGAGCCAGUGUACAAAGAAGAAGAGGAGGCUUUCAAGAGCUGGUACUCCAAGACACCCCUUGGGAAGAAGAGAAUUAAAGCAAUGCCUGGUGCACAGGAAGCCACCGGAAAAGAAAAAGGAAAAAAGAAAGGCACAAAGAAAGGAAAGAAGAAAUGA